AUGGCUUUAGAAAGGGGUCUUUCUGAUGAUAGUUUGGUGGAUGGUCGCACUAACAACCUGGCAUCAAGUUUGGGUUCUAUGAGUCAGGUUGAUGAGUCAAUACGAGAAGCUAUCCAAGAGACCAAGAGCACACUUUGUUCGGCAACACCAUUAACACCAGUCGGCAAGAGGAAGCAGAUGAUUAAGAUGCUGACCUUGACCCUCAUGCCUAUCAUUGUUCUGACUGCAUUGGCAAUCUCAGAUUUGAUUGCAACCCUGACCAAAAGCAUCGAUGCUAUCGAAAUAAGACGUAACGUACGUUUCAGUAGACAGGUUGGCACCCUAGUCCAUAGUCUACAAUUAGAAAGAGACAUGACAGCACUGUAUAUCAGCUCUUUGAUGCAGCAAAGCUUAACUGGUCCACAGCGCAAGAUAUUUUUGAUUAACACCUAUCCCCAAACCGACGAAAUACUGGAGAACUUAGAUGACUGGCCUGUUGCAGGAACCGUAGCUUACCAGCAAUUUCAAAAUAAGGAGGCGUUCAUGUCCUUCUUGUAUGAGUAUCGUCUGACUUUCGACAUCAUCCAUAACACCACUAUCUAUGAGGUAAUUAAUUUCUACACUGACGCUAUUCAACUUUUUAUCGACUGGUUGUAUGAGAGUGUUGGGAAGUCUGGAGGUCAGGGCUUGUGGGAAACACUGGUAGCUUACCAACUGCUUAUUGUCGGUAUGGAACAGACCGGUAUCGAACGAACCCUGGGGGCGGUCUUCUACACUCAAGGUGGCUUCGAUAAACCAGCCGAUUACCGUUGGUAUAUGGAGAAAAUGCAGGUUGGAAAAAGCAACAUUUGGGCGUCUCAGAAGUACUCAGAUCUUGUGAGAGAAAUUCUUCAGGGUAAGGUGCAAGAGUUCGAGUAUGAUUACGAGGAAAUAAUCAGCGCCAUGCGAGAAGAAAUCUCGUACAACAAUGCUUCCCGUGAACCCUCCUGGCAAGAGGGUAUAUGGUGGUUUGACAACAUGACCAUCUACAUCGACACUCUUAAGGAUAUUCAAAGGAAAAUGGCCGAGGUAGGGUGA